GGCGCGCACUCCCGGAAGCGCCGCCCCGGCCCUGGGGAGGCGUCGCCUUUGUCGCCGUCUCCGCCGCCGUGCCCGCUGCCGCCGCUGCCGCCUCGACCAUGCCGAAACAUGAAUUCUCCGUGGACAUGACCUGCCAAGGCUGUGCUGAUGCUGUGUCUCGAGUCCUCAAUAAGCUGGGAGGUGUGGAGUUUAACAUUGACCUACCCAACAAGAAGGUUAGCAUCGAAUCUGAGCACAGUACAGACACCCUGCUGGCCACGCUGAACAAAACAGGAAAGGCUGUGUCCUUCCUGGGCUCCAAGUAGCUCAGGCCCGGUCCUGGCCCGCGGGAUGGGCUGUGGUGGCCAGGCUGCACGGUUCAGCAGUGGAGGUCCCGCGGAUUCCUCAGUGCCUGCGCCCCAAUAUAGUCUGCAAUAAAGUCAAACUGCUUGUGUUGAAGAAA